AUGAUCUUGGACACGCUGCCGUUGCAGUGGGUGUUCUUCCUGGAUCCGGCCUCCCUGCUCCGUGUCCAGACGGUCGGCUGGGCGAGGGUGGACCAGGAAGUGGUGCAGACUGCUUGGAAAGAGCUGUGUGCGCAGGAGCUUGGUGUGCCUUCCGAACACUUGUGCCCUCUGGGCUGUGGACCUCAGACGCAAGGUGCGCGAAGUUCUGCAAGCUCUUCGACCCGGUGGUGCUGGAAGCGUGCAUUCUAUGACUUGGACGUUGCGCCAGGGAAGAAUGCUCUGCGGUCCUCGAGCCAGGAUUAUCAGUUCUUGCCCAGCCAGUACGGGGAGUCUGCAGCGGCACCGGAAGGUGUGCAGUUCGUUCAAGAUGCUGAUGGAAAGGUGAUGCAUUGCCACGUGCGUCCUGGCUUCCACGGCCGGGAUCGCUGCGUUGUGGCACAGCUGCCCCUUGCCGCGGUCCCAUCAGCCACCGCCCUGCCGUUUCCAUUGCAUCCCAACGGCCGGGACAUCGACGACAGUGCCAAAGACUGGCGGUGGAGGGUUGCCUACAGAAGUGCCGCUUACUACGAGGUUCUGAUCGGUGGUGCCGGACGGCAAAGGAGGGAGGAAGCGGUGCUGCCCUGCAUCUCUGUGGGCCUCUGCACGCCACGCUUCUCGCGCUAUGCCGUUGCCAAGCAGCAGGCAGGCUGGGAUGCGGAGUCCUGGGGACUACACAGCGACGACGGCCAGCUCUUCCACGCGUCCAAUCGGGGAUACCAGUUUGCGGAGGCGAGCGCGGCCGGGCCCCUGACCUUCGGAGCCGGAGAUGUGGUCGGAUGUGGGAUCUGUCAGCUCCCCAGCGACAGCUCUGAUUCCGGCGCGUCGCAGGUCUCCGCAGGACGGCCGCGGCUUCUGGCGCAAUCAAAGCGCAAGAUCUUCUACACCCUGAACGGUGCCUUCCUAGGAUUUGCCUUCGACCUGGAUCCCGUCCCUUGGGAUGUGCCCCUGUGGCCUUGCGUGGGCCUCGACACCAAGCACCUGCUCUCUUUCAACUUUGGCCAGAAGCCCUUCAAGUUUGACUUGGAUGCCAGCAUGCCCACCCUGGCGGUUGCUCUGAAGACGGUCUUCGACACAGCCUCGGUCUGGCCCCUGAACUUCUCGGCGCCGGCGACCCCGACUCCAACUCCGGCAACACCGGGGACUCCCAACACCACAGAGAACUUAGGCUACCAUGCGUCGGAGCUGGCCACAGGUGACACCGCGGAAGAGACCGGCAUAGCUCGGAGCCCCUCAAAUGCCAGCGACGAGGAUGUGGCCCGAGCAGCGCCCCUCUUCUUGCCCCGCGUGCUACCGCUCGUGUCGACUUUUGCCCCGCGGCAUCUGCUGGGAUCCUUCGCGGCGAUGCCGGCCCGGAGCGCCGUGCGGCGCUACCAGACCUCGCCGCGUUGGCUGGAUGCCGUGGAUAGGCUCGUGAAUGCCACGCUGAUCGACACCUGGCUCGAGAGCCAGGAGGGCCGAGGCCUCGAGGGCCAAGCCACCGACUGGCGAGGCCGAGCCUUGCCGGAGGAGGAGGCCCCCUGGCUGUCUCCGACGCCUGCGGUGCGACCCAUCAUUCCCGAGGGGAGUACGAUGAGCCUGGAAACGAAUCUCGGAAUCUCCAGCGUGUCUCGCCAGCAUGCGAUCGGGUGGGUGGAUCGUUACGGCGAGGCCUGGCGCUUGCAAGACGUAGACAAGAUACUUGAGCUCUUCACGGACGAUGGCCAAUAUGUUGAACGCCCAUAUGACCCGGAGAAUGGGGUCUACCGCGGGCAUGAUGGCAUCAAGAACUAUUGGAUAACCCACAUACAGGCGCGGGAAAGGAACAUCAACUUCAGAAACGUCGUGGAGGACUUGGUUUUCGAUGAUUACGCACAGACGGCUGUGGCAAAGUGGGAGGCAAGCUUCGAGGUGCGACAGUCCGAGGACCAUCCGUGGAGGAGGGUCCAAUUCCUCCAGGUGGCCAAGCUGCGCUUCGCGGCCGACGGCAGGGUCUGGUACUGGCACGGGAAGUCGCUUCAGCGGGCCUCCAAGGGUCUGCGAGACCCCCGUGCCCGGCGGGCACGUGUCGGCCCCAAGCGCCGCCCGCCCGAGCUCUGUGGGCGCACCUGCUGCCACGCCACGCUCUGUGAUGCUGAUCUCGGUCCCUUCACUAAGGAGGCACUGCGCCUGGAGGCCCGAAGGAAAGCCCCCAAGAAUCCCAGGAGCGCGGGACAAAGCAAGGUUUCAGGGGAGGCCGCAGGCGAGGCGGGCGCAGGCGAGGCAGGCGAGGCAGGCGGGGCCUACUCGGCCCCAUCCGUGGUGACCAGCGCCCUCGGGAAGCUGGGUGCCGGAGCCGAGUCCGACUUGGUGGAGUGGUAUCGGCACCUGAUCUCCUCAGGUAAGCUGGCCUUGGAGAGUGAUGUCACGGGCGCCAUGGUCAUCGCCCCGUGCGGGAUGUACCUUUGGGAGGAGCUGCGCCGCUGGCUGGACGCCGAGCUGUCUUCGCUCGGGGCGAAGCCCUUUGGUGUCCCCAUCCUGGCCCACCCCGACGACGAGGGGUCUCGCUUGGAAGUGCGCACGGCAUGUGAGCCGUUGCUGUACAAGGUCUUGGGGAAAUCUUGGGUCACCUCGGUGCGCGACCUGCCGCUGGUGCUGACACGGUGGGCCUCCGCUGUGACGCCCAACACUUUCAAGCGGCCGCUGGCUUUCCUCCGGGGCCGCGAGCUGUACGUCCAGGAGGGACACGCAGCCCAUGCCUCUGAGAAGGAGACGAAGGAGUUUGCAGACACUGUCGCCGACCUCUACGAGCGUCUCUGCAUCGAGCUGCUGGCCAUUUCGCCGCAGCGGCGGGUGGGGGAGUCCACCUUGGAAGGCGAGAAGACUGCAGUGGUCGUGGCCAUUCCGGGGACGGGGACAUCCUUGGAAGUCGGGGCUGUCCACAAAUUGGACAGCCAACGAGGCACAGGCUUCAACAUGAGAUACUGCACAGCCGACUCGGAAGGGAGAUGCGUCAACCACGUGUGUUCACUGACAGCCUUCUCGUUCUCGUGCCGCGCGCUGGCCGCCGCCAUCUGUGCGCACAGUGAUGAUGUUGGCAUCGUCCUGCCUCCGCGCUUGGCUUGCGUGCAGGUGAUCAUCAUACCGAUGAUUCGCUAUGAAGACAGGAAGGGUGAUGAGGUCGGCAAGCAGAGCGUGAGGGAGAUCCUCGAGUGGUGCAGCUCCCUGGCCAAGCUCCUGGCAUCAAAGGGCGACUCGGGGGAUUGGACGGAGCAUGUCCGGGCAGAGACGGACGCGCGUGCCGACGUGACUCCGGGUAAGAAGAUCCGGCACUGGCUGCAGAGGGGUGUUCCCUUGCUGCUCACCGCACGGCUCGUGGAAGGCCAACCGAGCCUCGCGCACACGCGCAUCACCGCCCGGGACUUGCCAGGUGUCGAUGCCCUGGGCAACCCAGCGCUCGAUGCUGCGGAGGCAGCGCGGGCGGCACGGCAUCAGCUGGCGGAGCUUCAAAGGCGCCUCUACUUCCGGCACCGUGCUGCGGAAGGAUGA